AUGCGUGUCUACUCCGGAAAACUCAACAGCGAGUCCAAGACCGCUGAAAACGAGGUCAUCACCUUCGUCUUCAACAGCGGGCUCCAGCAGGGCUCGACCGCCGUUCUCACCGGCCAGUGGACGAAGAGCUACAGUGGCGAUCCCAAGGCCAAUUACAAUUUCCACGGCACCGUGACCAAGGCUUCCGGGAACUCGAUUGAGAUUUUCAAGGGGGAGAGGGCCUAUUACAUGUUCGAGGGCACUGUGGAUGGGGACAAGCUGAAUUUGACGAUGAAGAAGCAGGAUGGGUCUUACUAUGGUAAGGCCGAGUUGGAGCUUGUGUUUAAGGCGGAUUAG